CUUACCGUCUAGUUUUUGUCCCAUAACAAGAUGCACGCCAUCAAGACAAGAAGACUUAGUCCAUCUUCCUUUAGCCUGCUCUUUGCCCCUUUAGAGCAGCUUGCAGGGUCGCCGCUUUCUUAAGAGACCAUUUUGCCUAUUUUGGGAGGCGUUUUAAAGGGGAGUCGCGCUUAGCGCCAGGCGGAAAACACUUCAGAAUAUGGGCCGCCGACGUGCAGUGUCGACAGCUGCUGCUGCAGCGUCGUGCCUGGAGCUUUCGUCUUUAGGUCGGGAUGGUCCAGGUAGCCCUAACGGUACCUCAGGCUGUGGCGCUCUGAGCGACGGCGAUGCCGACAGCUUUCAAACUGAUGAGUUCGAACGCCGUAUUGAUGCCCUAUUUGAGAAGAGGGGCUCCACACGUGAAGGAGCUUUGCAGUCCUUGGCAGAGCUGCUGCGCGCGGAGUAUCGUGCAGACGACUGCAUGUGCCACUCCGAGACCAUCACAUCGCGUUGCCUGGCGGCCCUGAAGCGCGGCUCCUCCCUGGAAAGCUUCCUUGCUGCCCAGCUGUUGAGCCUUCACAUCCUCACAUUAGGCCAGCCUGACGAGAGCCUCUUUCAGGCGCUGCAUGCGGACCUGGAGCGAGCUGCCGUCAGCGCCGGCGGAGGUGGUGGGGACGAUGUUGCCGUACAGUGCGCCUCGCUGGACUGCCUGACGCUGGCUGCCUUUGUGUUGGCGGAGGAGGAGGAGGCGGACACGCGGGGGGUCAUGGAGCGGCUCAGGAGCAUGUGGAACAAGGGCAGCCCCAAGGUCCGAGCAGCGGCUGUACGCGGCUGGUCCUUCCUCCUCACGUCGCUAGACUGUCCCAACAUGGCGUGGAGCUCUGCGGAGAGGGGAGCGAGCGCUGGCGGCUUAGCAGCCUGUCUAGCGGCUCUGGCGGGCCUUAUGCUGGAGCGAGAUCUGGAUCUCCGUACGGCAGCUGGCGAGGCGGUGGCUGUGAUCCGGUGCUGCUGCGGCUGCUCGGUGGAGGUGCUGGAGGAGCUAGCAGCGGGGGCCGUGGGAGCCGAGGAGGAAGCGGAUGGAUUGGAUUCUGGCGGGGAGGACGAGGAGGAGGAGGAGUGGAGCGGUGGCAGGCGGGGCCGGAGGUCUGGCAGCGGUGAUGGCAGCAGCGGCGGCGGCGGUGCGGGUGGAGGUGACGGAAUGGAGGGGCUGCUGGGGCGCAUGCAGCAGCUCGCAUGCAACAAGGGGGACAAGCUGCGCCGCAGUCGGCGCGAGCGUGCCUCCCAGCGCUCCACCUUCCGCGGGCUGCUGUCGGCGCUGCGCGGCUCGCAGCUGCCCGCCAGCCGCAUCCGGCUGCAGCACGGGGACUGUCUGGUGGUGGAGGGCGUGGCGGGCAACCACCGGCUGGCCUUCCUGCGCAGGGUGCUGGCGGGGGGCUUCCAGGCUCACCUGCAGCGCAACCCGCUGCUGCACCGGGUGUUUGGCUUCACUCCGCGACAGGAGCGCCCCGAGCGGCUGAGUGCGGUGGAGAAGCGACUCAGCCGCAGCAGCCAGAGCGGGGGAGCCAAGGCGCGUACGGCGGAUCGGAGGUGGUCCCGGGAGGCAAAGGUGGCGUCACGCAUGGCCGGAUACAUGGACUUCUGAUUUGUACCGUAUGUUGUUUGGGGUCGGCGCGGGACGCCGCUACAGAGUUGCUGGCUCACGAAAGGAUGUUGGUUGUAUGUCGCCUGGCAACACGUGCGCCCUAACGGGCUAGGAAGGUUGAUAUAUGGAGCAUCGUGCGGGUUGGUUGCAGGGUGUGAGUGGGUAAGGGGAUGCGUGCGUGUGUGGGCGCAUCUAUUUCACAAACGAGGGUCAGCCUGCCCUUCAUUGUAUAUGGACUAAGUGCCAUUCCGGACACGUUUCGCGUCGGUUGUCGUGCCGGCGGAGCAGCAGUCGAGCAGUCUCGCGGCGGUAGUCCGCUCAAUCGCACAGGUUGUUGUCCCAGUCAGGGGGGGGGUAAGAAAUUUUCUUAUAAACCCCAACCCGAAAUUUCCAAAGAGAAGGCCUCGGAGCCACCCACCCACCGCCAAGCGUGUCGUACAACCUGUAAACUAUGCCAAAACGCCG